UCACAUGGUGUUUUUAAAAACGGGGAGGGUAGGAAUAAUGUGAGCCAAUCAAAAAUACCAAAUCUGACGGGCUCUGAUCACUUUCAGAGUCUUGCAUCGGUACAGAAAACUAACAGUCGUCGAUCCUGCAAGCUAGAUCGCUCCUCCUCGGCAAUAUCAAUUUAUUUUCUUCUAUAUUAUAAUGAGGGAUUCGAAGGAGAUCCUCAGUAGUUAGCCUGAAUUUGUUUCUUUUUGUACACUCAAUUGUUGGAAUUAAUGCUAUGGGGCUAACAUUCACGUAAAACCAAUACCACUGCACUUUUCCAAUCACACGUCAUCGAACCAUUUGGACUUUUUGGACUAUAUAACACAUUUCCACAGCCUUCUUAACCUUUGCAACCAAGGCCAGGACUGCGCGUGAGCCAAAACAUGCAGGAAAAAACACCAUAUAUUUUAUUCAACAAUCCUUGGCCCAGAUAAUCCCAAAAACACCCAACAAUUGUUUUCAUCACAUGUUGGCAGCAGUCCUGGGAAACACGGGGAUACUCUUUAUUUGACUUCUAGCUUGAGCCAAAAACAUCUGCGCAAUCUGUAACAACCAAGAACAAUUUGAUUAUAAUGGACUGUGUUAAUGAAUUGAACGCCUUGGAGCCUAUUGUGAUAAUUAGAGCAGCUCUGAAUAUGUCCUUCUGGUACUAUGUUCUUGGGCUGGUGUUAAUUAUGGGUUAUGUGGUGUAUAAUUUUGUUGAAAUUCAUUUGAUUGGGGAUCUGUUGUUUGGCAUUGGGAGAAACUCUGUAAGAGUAAUCUGUGAUCCAGCUUCCGAAAUUGCAACUCAGGUGCUGUCCAAGUGUCAAAUCCUCAGGGGAAGGUAUUGGCCAACCCCGUGGCUUUGCAGCCCUCAUUUGCAAACUGCUUUUCUGCACUUUUUUGGCAACCCACCAGUUUUUGAAUACCAAAGGCAGAUAUUCCUCUCUUUGGAUGGGGAAACUAUUGCUCUGGAUUGGCUUAUAGAUAAUGACAUUGUUAAAAGACCUGCAAGCCUAAACAUGCCCAUUUCAGAGAAUAACUCAACGCCUAUAGUGAUUGUGAUUCCUGGUCUGACAAGCGAUUCUAAAGAUCCUUAUAUAAAGCACAUUGCUUAUGCUCUUGCUAAGAAUGGAUGGAAGAUGGUUGUUGUCAAUCAUCGAGGACUAGGGGGCACUUCCGUUAAUACAGGUCGUUUUUACAAUGCUGGGUGGACAGAAGAUCUGCGCAGAGUUAUUGGUUAUUUGCGUGAUGAGAAUCCCAAGGCCCCUUUACUAGCAGUUGGGACAAGCAUUGGUGCAAAUAUACUGGUCAAAUAUCUUGGAGAGGAAGGGGCAAAUACUCCAUUAGUUGGAGCUACAGCUAUCUGUUGCCCUUGGGAUCUUGUGAUAGGUGAUCGGUUUAUAAACAGAAGGCUUAUCCAAAGGAUUUACAACAAGGUUCUGGCUACUGGUCUUCGGGGUUAUGCUCAGAUGCAUCAGGGUGCUCAUGCACAGAUUGCAGAUUGGGAUUGCAUAGAAAAGGCACGUUCUAUCAGAGAUUUUGACAAAUAUUUUACGUGUCAUAUUGGUAAAUAUGCGACGGUGGAUACAUAUUACCGCAGCUGUAGCAGUGCUUACUUUGUGAGCAAUGUAUCAGUGCCCUUAUUAUGUAUAAAUGCUUUGGAUGAUCCUGUUUGUACCCGAGAGGCUAUUCCAUGGGAUGAAUGCAGGCUAAAUAAAAAUGUAGUUCUUGCCACUACAUCACAUGGAGGUCAUCUUGCAUACUUUGAGGGACUAAGAGCGGGUAGCAUCUGGUGGGUGCGGGCUGCAAAGGAAUUUCUCUCUGUUCUUUAUUCAAGCUCCCUAAUGCAUAGUGGAAAGAAGACUCCUGAUCCAGGCUCAACACUUUCAUCUCCUUUUGACAAGGGCCCUUAUUUGAAUGUCACACAUGAUGGGAUGGUUAGUACACAUGAUAGUAGUUUUAUGCAGAUCCAAAAAGAUGGCGAAGACAUUAGAGAGGAAGAAGUCUAUAUAUUUUCAGAAUCACCUGCCAAAUUAUUGGAUAAUGACAAAAAAACACGUAUUGAAUUGGAUACCUAUCAAUCUGUUAAAGAAUCCAAGCUUGCAAAUUCCAGCAGUGAAGAAGAAUCAAAGCUUGGAAAGGGCAGCAACAAAGAAGAAUCAAAACUUGCAAACGGAAGCAAUGAAGAAAAGUCUGAUCAGAAACAUUCGGAUGAGGAGAGAGGGCCUAUAUUCAAGAUAUGUAUGAAAGAUGGAAAGGAGUAUAUUGCUCUUCAAUCAGCUCUGCAGCAGCUUUUGGAACAGAUGCAGGCUUCUUCAAAAGGUGAAGCUAUGUCAAAUGCUGUAACAAGAUCUCCACAGAGCAAUGUUCUUUCUCAAUCUGGAGUACCUGAAGAGCCUGUUCAUACAAGUCCUAGUAAUCACUUGCCAUUGUGUAACUCUGAUACUGGAGGAUGCUCAAAUGUGGAAAGUGGUUCACCAAUCAAAGAAUCUGUUCAGAAGCAGAAAGGUGGAGAUGAUGAAGCAAAAACAACAAUCUCUAUCGCAAAACGAAUGAUGCAUAUAUCUCGAUCACAAAGGUGGUCAAUAUGGAUUCUUGCCUACAUGGCCCUUGUUACUGCAUGGCCUUUACUUGGUUCGGCUCUAAUGCUUAAUCUUAGAAAAAGGUUUAAGAGCGUGUGGAGUAUGGCGGGGUCUAGAAAAUAGGUACACCAUUAUAGCUGUUAGAUUAGUAUUUAUUUAUGGGUAAACCCAUUGCUUUAAAGAUGGGUUCUUAUUUAUGUUUAUUUAAAUGCCGAUUGAAUAACUUGAGUCAUGCUAAUAUGGGCGACAUAACAUUUGUCAAAAACGUAAAAAAAUAAUCCUAGAAUAUAAUUGGAAAUAUUGACCAUUCUACUGAAUUUGGGUGCAGGAUAAUGUGUUUCCUAUGCCAAUGAGGCAGUAAAGUUAUUAUCCGAAAUCUUAUUACCGUUAUCCAUGUAAAUGAUUGUUGGUUAA